AUGGUUGAAAUAAGAUCACAUUUAUCAAGAGAUUUAUCGAUUGAUAUUUGGUUAAAAAAAGAAUGCAAUCAAGUUACAGGAAGUUUUAAAGAGCGCAGUGCACGUUACAUGUUAAUGACAUUACGUGAUGAUUUUAAGCAAAAAGGUGUGUUCGCAGCAACUUGCGGAAAUUUUGGUGAAUCUUUAAGCUAUUGCGCAUCACAAUUAAAUAUAUUAAUGACAAUUAUAAUGCCGUUAAGUGUACCAUUAAUACAUAUACAGAAAUGUCGUAAAUACAAUGCAAAUGUAAUUGUACAAGGCAACGAUUUAAUAGAAGCAAAACUAAUUGCAAAGAAAUUAGCACGUGAAGCAGAAACACUAUGCUUAAAUACAGACGAUUAUAAUGCUAUUGCUGCAAAUGGUACAGUGGGAUUAGAAAUAUAUGAUCAAGUUGGUGAUAUUGAUGCUGUAAUUGUACCAGUUGGAACUGGAAGUUUAAUUGCUGGUGUUGCAACAGCAAUUAAAGGAUUAAAUUCCAAUGUACAAAUAAUUGGUGUACAAACAGAAAAAAGUAUAAGUUUUACACUUUCAAAAGAAAAGGGUCAAAUUAUUCCUGUCAAGCCAGAAUUAAGUAUUGCUCAAUGCAUAGUGACAGAUAUAGUUGGGAAAAACGCGUUUGUAACAGCACAGCCUUUAGUGGACAAAAUGGUUGUUGUUAGCGAAGAAGCAAUUGCCGCAGCAAUGUUGCGAAUAUUCGAAGCAGACAAAUGUGUUGUUGAGGGUGCCGCUGCUUCAUCCGUAGCUGCCUUAAUGUCUGGUCAAUUAGGCAGCCAUUUACGCCAUAAACGAGUAGUGGUUGUGUUAACUGGCGGAAAUAUUGAUGUAGUUAUGUUUACUCGAUGUUUGCAAUUGGGUUUAAUUGAAGAAAAUCGUAUUAUUCCAGUAUUAGUAACUAUACAAGAUCGUCCAGGAAGCUCAGCAGAAUUAUUUCGGCAGUUAGCAACAAUUGGUGUAUCCAUACGAAAUAUUAUUACACGUCGUGACAUUCAUUCUGAUGAUGUUUACAACGUUGAGCUUGAAUUGCAAUGCGAAGUACGUGAUGAGGAGCAUGGUGUUGAAUUAUAUCGACUACUGAAAGAACGUUAUCCAAAAAAUGUAAAAUUUGUAGAAUCUGGACCAUUAUUUACGAACUUAGAACAAAUUUCACCAAUGCAACCAGAGCUUAUUCCUCAAUCUAAUAAUCCAUUAGUAAACGAGUUGGGUAGUAUGAAUAAAGAUGCUGUUACAUCAUUGAGAGGAUUACAGCGUGAAAUUCUUUUAGAUAAAAACUACCAAAGUUGUUCAACCGCAGGUAAUCUCCAGGCAUACCCACAUCUGGGUGAUUCUAACAAACGUUAAAACAGAUAUUCAUACAUACAUAGUAACAAUUAUUAUUAUUGCGAACGAAUAAUGGAAGGAGUUAAGGGAGGGUUAAUAUUAGGAUGGGAUAGAGAAGAUUUCGUCAUGAUGUUUUAGGUGGUGAUGUUCAAUAAUGUAAAAGAACAUUUUUUGCUGGGUGGUUGUAAUGUUUGUAAAACUAUGCACAUGGUUUCAAGCGAUUACAUAGUGAAAAUUUAUUUGUUGAACACGUCCCCCAUUGAAACAGAUGAAUAUCACCAGAGAUUUGUGUUCUGAU